AUGAAGGACUACAGCCAGCACCCCCUUUUCCAGAGAAAGCUCUCUUUCAGGCUUCUGUGUGCUACUUUCUGCUUUGGGCUCUCGGGAGCCGCUCGGGGCCUCGAUGGAGGCCUUAUUGCUAGCACUGUCGCAGAACAAUCUUUUAUCGACCAAUUCCACAUACAUGCCAGCUACCUCAGCGCUUCUGAGAAAGCGAACCGCCUUUCCAAUGUCACUUCGAUGGUUCAUAUCGGCAGUCUGCCAGGAGCUGUUCUUGCAUUCGUCUUCUGUGAACGUAUCGGCAUGCUAUGGACAAUGCGUCAGGCCUGCCUCCUUUGGAUCAUCGGUUCCAUCAUCUUCAUCACAUCGCACAAUCUCGGACAAGUCUAUGCGGGAAGGUUCAUCAUGGGACUCGGAAUCGGUCAGUAUGGCGUGAUCGCGCCUAUCUACCUGGGCGAGGUGGCUCCCUGCCAGGUUCGCGGCAUGAUUGUGGGCAUGUAUGGCAUGUCGGAAUAUCUGGGAAUCAUGAUUGGUUACUUUUCGAUAUGGGGUGCUUCCAUUCAUAUGCCAGCCUCUAGCGCGAGACAGUGGAUCAUUCCACAGAGCAUUCAGAUUAUGUGGGCAGGGCUGCUUUUACUCUCUUCUUCGCUCUGCGAGGAGAGUCCUCGGUUUCUGUGUAAGAAGGGCCGCCCCAAAGCGGCCUUGCAGUCGUUUGCAAGACUGUGGAACUUGUCUGUCAUGGAUCCUGGUAUUCAUGCUGAGGUAGCGAACGCGCAAGGCCAGCUUGGACUAGAGCAUCAACAGAGGUCAUCUCUGCGGUUUUGGAAUGCCCUCAGAGAGCUACUUACGGCAAGAGAACAUCUCAGAAGGAUCGUGUUCAUUUUUACUCUCCAGUGCUUAGGAGAGUGGUCGGGUCCCAAUUCUGUAACAACCUACGCUCCCGAGCUUUUCGAGCUUUUCGGCAUCGAGGGACAGUCGCAGAAGCUCUUCACCACCGCAAUUCUAGGAGCGGUCAAGUUCGCAUCCGCCCUGAUCUCCGCGCUAUUCCUACUUGAUGCACUAGGAAGACGAAAGACACUCUAUCUCGGGCUUAUCAUUCAGAUCCUAGCUCUGGCCUACGACUCCAUUUUUCUCACGGUCUUUGCGAGCACCCCAUCAGGCUCACAUCAGGAAUCUGCAGUACGACAUGCCGCCAUUGGGGCCAUUGUCAUGAUUUACAUGACCGGGGUUAGUUGGGCGCUUGGAUGGAACUCUAUUCAAUACCUCAUCCCUGCGGAAUUAUUCCCCCUGCGAGUGCGAAUUGUUGGCGUAAGCCUGGUCACACUGUGGCACUAUGCAAACCGGAUUGGGGUCUCUAAGGCCACUCCUAUGAUGCUGCUCCUCGCUCACGAUUCGCUCACGCCUAAAGGAACCUUCUGGUUCUUCACGGGCAUAUCUCUACUAGGCCUUUUAUUCGUCUGGGUAUUUGUCCCUGAGACCUCCGGCAAGGGGCUUGAGGAAACGAACGCGCUAUAUGCAGGUCACCGUGGCUCCCAAGAACCUCAAUUGCCCGCAAAUGAUGACUCGAAAAUGGGCCAGAUUGCGGAAUUGGCCCGCAAUUCCAACCACACGAGUGAAGACAGCUCCGCUGGAUCUGCCCGCCACCGGUAG